AUGGGUCAAGGAUGUGGGGAUGAUGGUGUACCGCCGGCACCGUUCUCUUCUGCUCACUCACCGGCUCACUCCCCUCUGUCCGUUGGUGUUUCAUCGGCUUCAUCCGCCACGUCGUCUUCUUCAACACCUCCUCCUUCAACGUCUCCAACUGCUUCUGGAGCUGCUCCAGGUGUGCAGGCAACGGAAACUGACUGGAAACGGUUUAGUGAUGAGCGACUCGCCGAGUUAUGUAUAUUUCAUGUUCCCGAUAAAGUUAUCUCGUUGCCGAACCCAAAACGAUCGGAAUGCACUCUCCCAAUGAAUGUAAUUCUGAAACCCUCCUCGAAAAAUCGAAAGAAAUCCUCAAUUUGGUCAUCGGAUCAGAUUCCAAGAGGUGUUCGAUUUGGUCCUCUCGUUGGAGAAAUUCGAUUAGUCGAUGUGGAAUCAGCACUCGUUUGUCCUGCAGAAGCAUCAAUGGCAGGUGGAACAACAGCCCAAGAAGAAAUUCCAUUUGAUGAUUGUCCAGAGGAAUGGAAGAUUUUCUCACCUUCUGGAGGUCGAUUAACAAAAACAAUAAGUGUAAAAGAUGAUGGUAGAUCAAAUUGGAUGAAGAAUGUAGUUGCUGCAGAAGACGAGAAUAACCAGAAUAUUGUUGCGGCACAAGUUGGGAAUGAUAUAUAUUUCUAUGCAGUCAAACCGAUUGAUUCAAAUACUGAAUUAUCAUUUUGGUUUAGCAGAGAUUACGCAAGAAAAUUAAAUUAUUCAACGACACCGCAAGUAAGGACAAGACUACCCCUACAAGCAUCAACUCCUCUGAUCCCUUCAAUACCUUCAAUCCCAUCUGCACCGCCUGUUUCUUCCUCCACAGCCAUUGCAAGCCUAGCUGAAACAGUUGUAGCAAUUGAUUAUUCAGUGAAGAAACUUGUUGAACCAGUCGAUACUCUCUCAACGGAUGCAUCCUCAACAAGUGAUAAUGAUGAAGAAAUGAUCGAUGUUGAAGAGAGUUGCACGCGGCCUUCUGCUCCAGAAGUAUCAAGACCCAAUGUUAUUCAGAACCCGGUGGUUCGACCAGUUCCAACGAGAAUCACAAACUUUGCUUCACCAUUGUCAACUCUCGAUCCAUUGGCAAUUUAUAAGGAUUAUUUGAGGAAAACGAUUCAGUUAAACAAACUCACUGAAACGGGAAUGUUCGCUAGUCCUGUAGUCCAAACUGCUGCAACAAUCACAGCGACUGGAGGACGAUCCGGACAACCGAUAGAUGUUCAACCAGUUCUCGCAGCGACCGCUGGAGCUCAUUUCGGAAAUUACGCAGCCAUUUAUGGAAGUCAGGAUUUCCAGCAUGAGUUGAAACCAUUGUUCACGACUGCCACGCCGACGUUUGGUGGUGGAGGUAUGGGCGGAGGAUUCGGAAUGGGAGGAAGUGGACAUGCUUCUUCAUUUCAUCAACUUCCUUUUGUUAAUCAUUCUGCUUCAUCUCAUAAUGAUUCUUCGUUCAAUGGAGUUCCAAAUUAUGUACAACAACAAGAGAAUGGAAAAACGAGAUAUGCGUGUAAAGACUGCAAUAAGACAUUUGGACAGUUAUCAAAUCUGAAAGUCCACGUCAGAACGCACACCGGCGAGCGACCAUUCAAAUGUGAAAUCUGCACAAAAGAGUUCACUCAACUCGCCCAUCUCCAAAAACAUCAUUUAGUUCAUACCGGAGAACGGCCACAUCGAUGUGAUAUCUGUGACAAAAGAUUCUCUUCCACCUCAAAUCUCAAAACCCAUCUACGUCUUCACAAUGGCCAGAAACCGUACACUUGUGACGUGUGUGACGCGAAGUUUACUCAAUAUGUUCAUUUAAGACUACACAAAAGACUGCAUGCAAAUGAAAGACCAUUCAGUUGUAGUACUUGCGGGAAGAAGUAUAUUUCACCGAGUGGAUUGAGGACUCACUGGAAAACGACGACGUGCAAAGAAGAAGAUACAAAGGAGAUGCAGAUGUGGAAGGCUGGAAAAGAUGAUUUGAUGGAUAUUAAAGGAGAAAUUGAUGAUGGAAAUGGAAAUAGUUAUAUGGAUAUUUUUGAGAAUCCAUUGAAAUACAACAUAUCCAACCCCUCACUACUCGGACAGGGUCCAAGUGGAAUGCAAGAACAACAGGCACCUCCACCGACACCCCAGCAACAACACAUGAUGUAUGGAAACUCAAUGGGACACAUGGGACAACCACAACAUCUACAAGGACCUCCACCUCCUCAACACUUCCGAAUGGAUCAUAAUGGAAUGCAGAAUGGAGGACAUCCACACCCGCAUCAACUGAUUCAAACACAACAAGGACCUCAAUCACAGCAACAUCCACAUGAUAGCAUUCAUCAACCUUUAAGACUUCCUGAUCUGAAAUCUUCGCUUCUUCCAACUCUCGGUCUUCCACACUAUCAAUAA